AUGCAGUGCUAUACGGAGCUGUUACCCCCAACCGGGGUCACCCAUGCCUUGGCUCUUCCUUUUCUCUCGGCAACAGCCAGGAAUCUGAUUGUCGUUAGAACCUCUCUUUUACAAAUAUUCACUCUGGUCAAUGUGCCUCCUCAGCCGACACCCGAAAGUCUCGACAAUGCCAGCCAAGAGACAACGACAAAAUUAGUCCUUGAGAAGGAGUAUCCUCUCCCAGCAACGGUCACAGAUUUGAGCAGGGUCAAGAUCUUGAACUCCAAAAGUGGUGGUGAAGCUAUUCUGCUUGCAGCCAGAAACGCCAAACUCAGCUUGAUCGAGUGGGACCCCGAGCGCCAGGGCAUCUCUACCAUCUCCAUCCACUACUAUGAACGUGAUGACUUGACCCGCAGCCCCUGGGUCCCCGACCUGAGCAAGUGUGGCAGUAUCCUCAGCGUGGAUCCGAGCAGUAGGUGUGCGGUAUACAAUUUUGGGAUUCGCAACAUUGCCAUUCUGCCUUUCCACCAGUCCGGAGAUGACCUGGUGAUGGACGAUUAUGACUCGGAGCUCGAUGGCGAACGCCCUGGCCCCAAGGAUGAAGCGGAAGCCGACAAAAGCAAAGACGCAACAGCACACCAGACUCCUUACGCUUCGUCCUUUGUUCUGCCAUUGGCGGCUUUGGAUCCGUCUUUACUGCAUCCCAUAAGUCUUGCAUUUCUAUACGAAUAUAGGGAGCCGACCUUCGGCAUAUUGUACUCACAAGUUGCAACCUCCAAUGCCCUUAUCCACGAGAGAAAAGAUGUGAUGUUCUACACUGUUUUCACGCUAGAUCUGGAGCAGCGGGCGUCGACAACUCUACUUUCGGUGUCAAGAUUGCCGAGCGACUUGUUCAAGGUAGUUGCCCUCCCGCCCCCCGUGGGUGGUGCUCUGCUCAUUGGUUCGAAUGAGAUUGUGCAUGUGGACCAAGGCGGCAAGACCAACGCAGUGGGUGUCAAUGAGUUUUCCAGACAGGUCUCAUCCUUCUCGAUGACAGACCAGUCAAAUCUGGCCUAUCGACUGGAGGGCUGUGUGGUCGAGCGCCUCGGCGGCGAUAGUGGUGACCUGCUGCUGGCACUUUCGUCGGGAGAGAUGGCGCUGAUCAAGUUCAAGCUCGAUGGACGCUCAGUGUCCGGUCUCACCGUUCACGCUUUACCUGCACAUUACAAUUUUUUGAAGUCAGCUGCAUCAUGCUCAACUUGCAUCGGUGAUGGUAACGUCUUCAUCGGUAGCGAGGACGCAGAUUCCGUACUUUUGAAGUGGAUCUCUGCAAGAAAGCUUCGGCCCGAGUCAAAGCAAACGGCCGACGGCCUUGAUGAUUCUGCAGAAGAUGACCAAAUGGAAGACGACGUGUACGAAGAUGAUCUGUAUUCUACGGCCCCUGAGCUGACGCAACUCGACCAACGUACAUCGUUCGCGAACUCAACCCCUGACUUCUAUCAUUUCCGAUUGCAGGACCGGCUUUUCAGCAUCGGCCCUUUGAGAGACAUCACUUUAGGCAAAGCUUUACCAACCGCAAAGAGCAUGAAUUCAGCACCCAUUGACGGUGUCUCUGCCGAGUUGGAAUUGGUGGCAGCCCAUGGUUCGGACAAAGGGAGCGGUCUUGUGGUUAUGAAGCGAGAGAUUGAUCCUUCUACAGCCAUGUCUAUGCAAAUUGAUGGUGCUGAUGGUGUCUGGUCGGCCACUGUGACCAAUGUCAAAGGGGCUUUGUCCAAUCCCAAUCAAGUGGAAAGCAGUGCCUCCCGUCAAUAUGUGAUUAUCACACGGCCCACAGAUACAGAAAGGGAAUCGUCUGAAGUUUAUGUGGUAGAAGGGCAAGAACUGAAGCCUUUCGCAGCUCCCGAUUUCAAUCCGAAUGAAGAUCAAACUGUCGAUAUCGGACCGUUGGCAGAUGGUACCCGUAUGAUUCAAGUCUUGCAGAAUGAGGUUAGAAGUUACGACAUGGAUUUGGGUUUGUCACAAAUAUAUCCCGUGUGGGAUGAUGAAGAAACUAGCGAGGAGCGCGUGGCUGUGAGCGCAAGCUUCGCUGAUCCCUAUCUUGUGAUCGUUCGGGACGAUGCAAGUCUGUUACUCUUGCAAGUGGAUGAUAGCGGUGACCUUGAUGAGAUGUCACUUCCCAAUGAGAUCACUUCAUUAACGUGGCGCUCUGCCUGUCUGUAUCGUGACAAAGCUAGAGCCUUCGCGGUCACCGAGCCGACCUCCCAUAACGAUACCCUGAUGUUUUCAAUGGACGUUGAAUAUAAGCUCUCGAUAUAUCGACUGUCUGAUUUGAAGCUGGUAUCGGUUGUCGAAGGCAUUGAUUGUCUGCAACCAGUACUUUCAGCCGAACCACCCAGACGGUCCAAUACGCGGGAAACUCUAACUGAAGCGAUUGUUGCCAAUCUUGGUGAUCAGUCUUGCUCCUUCCCUUACUUGAUCCUGCGGACUGAUGGCGACGAUAUUUUUGUUUACAAGCCAGUGUUAAUAUCGUCUGAUCUUGACGACGGGGGUUUGCAGAGUCUGCGAUUUCAUCGGGAAGCCAACCAUACCCUGCCGAGGACGCCUUCACAAGCGACUUCUGAUCAACAAGAUGAGAAUCAACAGCGAUUUAGGCCUCUCCGAAUCUUGCCUGACGUGUCGGGACUAAGCGCCGUUUUCAUGCCGGGAGAAUCGGCGGGAUUCAUCAUUAGAACGCCGGCGAGCUCACCACACAUUGUGCGCCUCCGAGGUGGAUUUGCCCGAUGGCUGAGUAGCUUUGAUUCGUCGGCCGUGGGCUGUGAGAAAGGUUUCAUCUAUGUGGAUUCCAAGGAAUGCGUCCGCACCUGCCAAUUACCCUCAGAAACCCAGUUCGACUAUUCGUGGACGUUGCGCAAGGUUCCCCUGGAAGAACAGGUUGAUUUCUUGGCCUAUUCGUCAUCCUCUGAAACCUAUGUUCUCGCAACAAGUCAGCAGGUUGAUUGGAAACUACCAGAUGAUGAUGAGCUGCACCCUGAAUGGCGCAAUGAAUCGAUGUCAUUUACCCCUAAAGUCACCCAGAGCUCCGUCCAGGUCGUCAGUCCUAAAACGUGGGCAGUGAUCGAUUGCUAUCCUUUGGAUCCCGCUGAGCAUGUAACUGCCGUUAAAAACGUCAGUUUGGAGCUUUCGGAGUCUGGCAAUGAGCGCAGAGAUAUGAUCGUCGUCGGCACUGCCAUUGCCAAGGGGGAAGAUAUACCAGCCCGUGGUUGUAUCUAUGUUUUUAACGUGGCCAAUGUGGUCCCGGAUCCUGAAAAGCCCGAGUCAGGCCGCAAACUCAAGUUGAUCGGAAAAGAGCCCGUGAAGGGCGCGGUGACGGCGCUGUCGGGCAUCGGCGGCCAAGGCUUCGUGAUCGUAGCUCAAGGCCAAAAGUGUUUGGUUCGUGGGCUGAAGGAGGAUGGCAGUCUACUUCCGGUGGCAUUCAUGGACAUGCAAUGCUAUGUCAACGUCGCGAAGGAACUAAAGGGCACAGGGAUGUGCAUCCUGGGAGACGCGGUAAAGGGGCUUUGGUUCGUCGGAUACUCGGAGGAGCCCUACAAGAUGACGCUCUUCGGCAAGGACCCCGAUUACUUAGAGGUGGUGGCCGCGGAUUUCCUUCCCGACGGAAACAAGCUUUACAUUCUGGUCGCCGAUACCGACUGCAACCUACACGUUCUACAGUACGAUCCAGAAGAUCCAAAGUCUUCCAAUGGCGAUCGACUGCUCAGCCGAAGUAAAUUCUACACGGGCAACUUUGCAUCCACUAUGACCCUGCUACCGCGCACUGCCGUCUCAUCCGAGCUCAUCGCCCCCCACGAGGACGAAAUGGACUUGGACGAGAGCCUGUCCAACCACCAAGUGCUCGUCACGGCACAGAAUGGAUCCCUGGCGCUGGUGACCACUGUCGCAGAAGAGUCGUACCGCCGACUGUCAGCCCUGCAGUCACAACUUACCAACACGUUAGAGCAUCCUGGUGGAUUGAACCCACGCGCAUUCCGUGCCGUGGAGAGCGAUGGCACUGCGGGACGAGGGAUGGUCGAUGGCAACCUGCUCCGCCAGUGGUUGGACCUGAGCCGGCAACGCCAGGCCGAGAUCGCUGGCCGGGUUGGUGCGACGGAGUGGGAAAUUCGAGCCGAUUUGGAAAGCAUUGGUGGGAAUGGACUUGGCUAUCUGUGA